UCUUUUUGUCUUCACAUCUCUUCUAGAUGCCCGUGUGAGAGACGGUGUGUGAGAGAGAGAGUCAUCCGAGGCCUUUAUCAUGGAGGUCUGUGUGCUGUUAUCACUACUACUGGUGUUGGGGUGUGUGACCAUCAAUGGUGUGCCAUUGGGGCUUCGCCGCAUUGAGCCAGGCUCAUGUGAAGAUCCAUCAACGAAGGCAGCUGCUGAAUUGGCUCUUACCAAGAUCAAUCAGGAUCGGAAGGAGGGCUACAUCUUCGGCCUGCACCGCAUUUCCAAUGCCCACUUAAAGAAAACUGGACAGACCUUUGUGACCUUCUACCUGACUCUGGAUGUUGUGGAGACCAACUGUAGUGUUCUCAGCAAGAAGGACUGGAAGAGCUGUGAGAUUCGUCCCACUCACAACAUGCCGGUAUAUGGUCAGUGUAAAGCUGCUAUCUUGAUUGCUAACACCCAUGGAUUGUUUGAAAUGACGAGACUCCAUGACUAUAACUGUGUAAUCAGACCAGUUCCUGCAGCUAGGGUAUUUGAGAUGUGCCCCGACUGUCCAGCUUUAAUAAACCACGACAGUGAUCAAGUUCAGAAGACUGUGUCCCUCUCUCUGGAGAAGUUCAACAAGGAGAGCGGACUUGCCAAUCGUUUUGCUCUUCUUAAAAUCUCCCGUGCUACUGCAGGGAUGGCUAUCGGUAUGUAUUACAAUGUGGAAUACAGCAUCCAGGAGACCAUCUGCCCCCACAGCGCAAAUGCGGCCACUGAGACGUGCCCCCUCAUGGACUGCGAGUUCGCUCACAAGGGCUUCUGUAAGGGAUCCAUGUACAGCUCUCCCACUGAUGAUGAGAAUAUUGCUGUAGAGUGUGAGAUCUAUGAGCCUGAGGCUGCUCAAAGAGAGAAAAAGCACCACCUGCUGGGCGGAGAGACUGACCACAGCCACAAUGACACGCACUCACUUGGCCAUGACCAAGACCACACACACGCUGCAGAUCAAACACACACACAUGACCAUGCACAUGACCACACCAAGAGUCACUCUCAUCAUGGAAACAACCAAAACCACACUGAUGAACAUGAUCAUCACCACACACACGACCAUGACACAGGCAGUGCCCACAGGCACGCUCACGACCACUCCCACGACCAUGGUGUGAACCAUGAUCACGUGCAUGCUCAUCACGCCAAGGCUCACAACCACACUGGUGACUCUCCCAACCACCACCACGACUACAAGCAUGCUGAUGGUGUGCACACCCAUGAGCAUGACCACGAGCUGGCUCUGGACCACGACCACAAGCACCGUCACCUGCAUGAGCACGAGCACCACCACCAUCACCACCAGCAUAAACAUGAGACCACACACCACGAUAAGCCACGGGGCAUAGUAAAGAUGCUGCCCGCCCUGGGCCAGCCCGUGACCCUGCCUGCCUUCCCUGAUGUUCCUACUGGUGGCCAUGAGGUUGGAGAGGAGGAUUCCUUGACAGACUCAGUCUCACCCCAGUGUCCUGCCCCAGAGGCAGGGCAUCAGCUGGUGGAGAAACUCUUUGCUGAAGACCCCAUGUUCAAGCCAGCUGCAUAAGGUGGCCAGUUAAACUGAUUUAAAAAAUCUAUACAAUGAAGCAAAUGUAACAAAGAAUGAAAAACUAUAUUUAAUUUGAUACAUUUGUAAUAAAAACAUUUAUAGUUUAUAUAA